AUGUCAGUCAGCGCAGAGGAGGUUGCCAAGCACAACACCGACAAGGACUGCUGGGUCAUUGUGGGUGACCAGGUGCUUGACGUCACCAACUUCCUGAGUGAGCACCCUGGCGGGAAGAAGUCCAUCAUGAUGUUUGCUGGCAAGGACGCCACUGAGGAGUUCGACAUGCUUCAUGACCGCAAGGCAUUCUUGAGGAAGCGGCUGAUUGAGUCCGUUGCUCAUGAGGAAAAACAUCCUUGCGAGAUUGAGACAGCUUCAUCAGUAGUCAGCGCAGAGGAGGUUGCCAAGCACAACACCGACAAGGACUGCUGGGUCAUUGUGGGUGACCAGGUGCUUGACGUCACCAACUUCCUGAGUGAGCACCCUGGCGGGAAGAAGUCCAUCAUGAUGUUUGCUGGCAAGGACGCCACUGAGGAGUUCGACAUGCUUCAUGACCGCAAGGCAUUCUUGAGGAAGCGGCUGAUUGAGUCCGUUGCUCAUGAGGAAAAACAUCCUUGCGAGAUGUUGCGAAAUUUGGAGGCUUAUUUCUGGAAUGUUGGGAUGCUGGGCACCCAGCAUUUAAGCACGUAUGAUUGUCCGCGGCCUUGUAUGGAGCACGAGGAGGCCUGCGUCAAGUUCGACCAGUCAUUUCCGUGCAUGAAAGAUGUGCACUGGGCAGCGUUUCAUGGUAUUGUGGAGAACCCGGAAUGGUAUCCGGAACUUCGAACCGGUGCUCCCCUGAAGGACUUUGCCUUGGUUCUCUAUAUGCAUGGGCAACCUGGUUGCCCCCGGCCAUGUGACGAAGGAGAGCCUGUGGGCCAUUUCGUGCCUUAUCAACCUGAAGCAGAUCCUGAGGACGAAGAUGAAGCAGAAGAGUCUAAAGCGAGGAGACGUAAAGAGAAUCAACAAACAAGUGAUGAAGAGGAUGAUCAGGAUGUAGAUUUGGAAGAUGAUGAGGACCAGUCCUCAAAGAAAGAGAAAAAGCAGAUUGUGAGGUUGGCAAAAUUGCUGCGGACGCAGGAAGAUCGUAAAGUUGUGAAAACUGUCCAGUCACAGGAUGAUAACUGUGCAAGGCCUGGCCUCCUGUAUGCACCGGCAAUGGCUGGCUCGUUUAAGAAAAGCGUUCAGUCAUCCAAUGAGUGCCGAAUGCAUUGCAGGGGGAUUGACGGCGCUGGGCACUUCUUGUUCUACGCUUCCUUGGGUCUCUGUCACUGUGCUGUAUACGGCGCCGUGAAGCAGGAGGUGCCAGAUGUCAACAAUCUUGCUGGCCCUGUGAAUUGUGGCGUACGGUGGGAGAAUGUGAACAAGGAGACUGCAAAGUUGGUGGAAGCUGUUAACAGUGGAUGUUUCUCGAUGAACACGGGGUUCGGACCAGCAAUUGGCGAACCCUUGCCCUUCCAAGCGAAGGAUCCGAUGGACUGCCAGCAGCAGCUUAAGUCCAGCAACGCAAAGCAUUUUGUGUUCACGCCAGUGAAUGGCGAGUGCCGCCUUGUGGCCCCUGAGGCUUCCUUGAUGCCUUUGCAGGAUGCCAUCUCGGGGCCAGCGUCCUGUGAGGACAAGGAGUUGGAGGUGCAGAUGAAGGCUGACAUUAAUCAGGUCAAAGUUCCUCGUGCAACUACACGCCGACUGGUCAUGUUUAUUGGAAUUCCAUCAGGAUUUAUGAUCAUUGGUCUCACGAUCACUGGUGCCCUCAUCAGCGUCCGAAGACGUCUUCGAACCAGCGAGGCUCGUGCCAAUCUCUUCGCGAGGAAUGGGCUCUUGGAAGGUGGGAUGCUGAAUGCCCAAAGUUCUUUUGCCUACACCCAAUUCCCAGACUAUGACUGUCAGUGGGCUGGCUCUAUCGCACAUUCGACGGAGACAUGGUCGCGUUUGCGGGAACAAUUGCUUGCAGGCGGGCCUAUGUUUUCACCCGCGACGCUUGCAUUGUCCAAGCUAGCAACUGAGCAGGAGGAUGGGUCAAACAUUUGUCCCUUGGGCAGUUUGUCUGCAUGCUGGGCACUGCAUGUGGCGGGUGUGCAACGAUGCGAGCGCACCACGGAGGUCCUUCCGCUUCUUCCUGCGAUUGGCAGCCGCUGGCCACUGCUUCGUUUCUUAGCGAGGGUUCAUCGUGACUGGCUGCGAACUGCAAACGAAUGGUCUUGUGAGGAGCUUUUUCAUCCAUCUAUCAGCUGGGAUGACUUUCACGGAUUGGUGGAUGAUGUGGCUGUUGAUGACUUUGACGAAGAGAGGAUGGAGACCCUGGUGGGUCCUGCAUUCAAUACAGCCUCUGAAGAGGCGAGUGGAGUUAUUUGGAAAUAUUCAUCAGCUGCACUGUAUGAUGGGAGCCCAAUCGCGGCCUGGACUCAGCGCUGCGAGCACGGUGUGGCAGCAGCAUUCCUUUUACGCGCUUGUGGCCUCAUUUUAGGAGACCAAGACGUUUUCAAGAUGGUCGAAUCCUCACUCGGUCUAGUGGGCGGUGAGAACAGGAUUGUGGACCUCUUGGACUCGAGAUGGCCGUUGUAUGCCAUCCUUCAUCGGCUGCAAUGUAUGAAGAAGAGAUGGGAUGAUUUGCCCAUUUCUCCACAAGAAUUGAAGCCAUCCAUUGACUCCCCAGCGCUACUUGAAAUUACAUCACCAGCAGCUGCUGACCUGGCAGAUUCGUUGAUGAUGGCCGCACCUGGGCCGGUCCUCAUGGUGUUCGUUUCUUCUUCUCGUGUGAGACUUCUUCCUGGUUAUGUCAACCAUUCCAAAAGGCUGGACUUCCUGGGGAAAACUUUGUUCCUGCCGCAGAAUAACUACAUCCGUGAGAAGUGCCUGGCUUUGGUGGAUGCGUGUUUACCUGUUUUGUCGGUCUUCCCAGAAGUGGCCAAGUACACAGUCCUGGCAUUUGCUGCGCGAUUGAGGGUUGAUGUUCUCUUUGUGGAUAUGGACACAUAUUGGGUCUACAUCCCAGUGGAAUUUUAUUCCAACCAGAGCCGUCCCAGCAUCAUGCUAGUGAGAUCAGCGAAUGAGCGAAGCAAAUACGCCCUCGCCAUCAUGGCGGCAUGGCUGCUGAGAUUUCCGUUCAUCUCAUCCAAUCCUGGUAUGCGUCACUUGCUGGAACCGGAUCGUCCGGGCUAUGUUCCUUCCGUGUCUUUCCUGCGUCAUGACCGCUCAGAAGAACGAGGUCCCUUACAGAUUGGAACUUUUGAUUCCGAGAACGAGUUCACUACAAUGGAUGGUUGGUUUGGCCAGGUUGGCAAGGUGGUUGCGUUGGAAUUCAGCACCUUUCUUGCUGAGGAGAUCAAAAUGCCAAUGCUGGAGGAGCUCUACAAUGGUGUCAGGAAGGCAGAAGAGCUUCUGCCUCAAUUUCAAAAGCAAAUGUCCCCAAAGCGACCAAUGGAAGUUCUUCAAAGCGACCCUCACGCAAGCCCUCCUCGCAUUCAUGCAGAUGUUCGCAUAGUCCAUGUGAACUUCGCGGACGGUUGUUGCGAAGUCGAACAGGCAAGGUCUUCAAGCACAGCUCUGGAGUUUGGCGCCAAUGAGUCUCGGGCACUGGAAGGCAGCUUUUUGACUCCGGAGUUCAGGUCUCGCAACGAUCAUCUCCUGAAUUUUGUUCGAAGCACGGAACUGACAAGUGGCAAGGCGCCAUCGGGCAAAGUCGGCUACUAUGUGUGGAAGCCGUAUGUGAUACUAGAGACGCUGAAAGAUCCCGCAAUCAACUGGAAUGACAUUGUUCUCUGGACUGAUGCCGGGGUGCAUUUCAUCAGCCCGCUGCGAUCUUUGGUGGAACAGUACCUGGCACAAAGCGAUGUAUCUGCAACUCAGACCCCAAUGAUGGAAGCAGAUGUCACCAAGCGAGAUGCAUUUGUUUUGCUGGAUGCAGACUAUGAAAGCAUCGUCAAGACCAACCAAAUAGCCACAGGAAUUAUCUUGGUCCGUAAGACUCCGUUGGCCAUCCGAUUUAUGGAGAAUUGGCUUCGAGCUUGUGAAGAUGAACGCAUUAUCACAGAGACGCCUUCAGUGCUUGGCCUCGCGGAUUAUCCCCAUUUUCGACAUCACAACGAUGACCAGUCCGCGUUCUCUUUGCUCUUUAAGAAGUAUGGCUUUCAUUCAUUUUUGCAAGCAGAGCGCGACCUUUACGUGGUUGCUGCUCGGAAUACUGCCAAGUUCAUCGCAGCCUCGCAACUCUGCUUAUUAUGCUAG